AUAAGUCGAACUUGGUGUUUCAAAAGUAGUGCUAGUGGCAAAGAUGUAAUACUUGGCAAAAUAUCUCGUGCUGGUGAUAUUACUAUAGUAACCAGGUUAUAUGAGGUUGAGAUAGAAGAACCAGCAACGUUGGUUUUGAAAAAUGUCAAUGGAAGUUAUAAUGGAACAUAUGUGUUUACCCUUCUAUCACCUGGCCCCAGUACAUAUGAAGUUGCCGUUUUUAUUGCAGGUACGGUUUCAUUAAUAAUUCAAACUUUAAAGGUUUUCUUAAAAUUCUGGUAUAAAAUUUUGCAUCAGAGCAUGCAUGGCCUAUGUACUAGUGAUCGACUUUUAGACUUUAUUCAAAAUUUGCACAAUUAUACAUACAUACAUAUUAAUACAACAGAUAUACAGUUACUACCCAAAAAAAUAUUAAAUUACAAUGAUUACAAAUAAAUUAUCGUGCCCAGUGAUCAAAGUAGCCAUGCAGAAGCUUUCGAGUUGAUCACUGCCUAUCACUAAUAUGAAUUUAUGAAUUUAGAGCGAAACGGAUUUAUAUGCAUUUAUAUACAGUGGUUCUUAAUUCUUAUUAUUAUUGUAACUAAUUUUGUGAAAGAAGUAAAAACUUGAGUAUAUUUUUUUCGAAAUAUAGAUUAUAGCGACUGAAUUACACAAUUUAAUUACUAACGGUGUUUUCAUUCAACUUAGUUUCCGUAACGGCCAAAACGUCAGGUUUUGAUGACAAAGUAUAAAUCAUAUCAUUGAGCAAGGUUAAAUUUUUUGGCACGCUUCUUACAUUACAGUGAAAAAUCGAAAGUGCUUUAGAUCCAGCGUUUUUAGUAACUCUAUUAGUCUUAUCUAAAAAGUAAAAUUCUGAAGUAACGUUGGUAAACAUUUGAUCUGGGUCAUUUUCAUCUGAGUUCUGAUUCGAUCUGCUUUAUCUAGAUUAGGUAAUAUAAGUCUAAUAUUAAAUUGUACAAGUCGCUAUUGUGAUCUAAAUAUUUUGUCGAAAUAUUAAAUAAGGAAUUAUAUUCCCUUUCAUUUAAAUUAUAGAAAUGCAGUUAAGUAAUUAUAAUUAGUCUCUUAAUUGAGAUGCUUCCAUUUAUAAAAUCUAUGAGGGUGCGGAAAUAACCGCGCAUAUUACUAUUCAUGCAGGUAUAGUUUAUUCAGUUAGUUGACUUAGUUCACAUCAUUUAUUUAAAAAUUGAUCAAACUCAUCACAUGCAGGUUGUAAAUCCUAUAUAGAACAUUCGAGUCAUCUGUUUGUCUUAAUAGUAUAUCUUAAUUACCAUUAACAGUCCAGAUGUAUUUCCAUUUGUUAGUACGUACGCUUAAACUCAUUAAUCUUACCAAAUAGUUUCGAGACAACGUCUAUUUUAUCAUGCAUUAUCUAUUCAAACUUUAUUCUUGUUCCUGAUUGGUAAAAAUCUCCGCGGUUAUAAUUCUCAAUUUUCUGUAGUUAAUUGUCAUGCACGCACGCUGUAUAUAGCCCAAGUAUAAAAAGUUUAGAAAUUUUAAAAAGCCGAAACAAAAUGGCUUACAGUAGAUUUGCCUCUUUAAUCAAAGGUAAAUAUUUAUAUGUGUUUCGUUAUAAAAACCUUCGAAUGCUUUUAAACAAUAUGCUCCUCUACCGUUUAUAAACACUUACUGUUUCAUUCGUAACAUUUCAGAGAAACCAAAUGUGAUGAUCAAUUGUCCCAGUCAUAUCACAUUAGAUGAAGGUGAAGACUGCACAUGUGUAUGUACAGAACAAGGUGGAAACCCUCCAGCCAAUCUGACUUGGUAUAAAGAUGGCAAACAGAUUAAUAACGCAAGUUAUGGAGAAAACAUAUUAACUCUCACUAAUGUGACUAAACUAGACAUUGGAACAUACAAGUGUGUGGCUCAGAGCUACACUCUGACGGAUGAAGGAUCAAUUGAAGUAAAUGUAACACUUAAUU